AUGAGGCCGUUCCUGUCAUGGGAAAGCUCUGGUAGCCAGAAGGAUCUUAAGCGCUCAAGUCCAAACCCAAAGGAAGCCCAGAGAGAGAAUCUCUUCCAUUCACGCUGUCUUGUCCAGGAGAAGAAACAUCCCAAGCCAUAUCAGUUACAAUGGAUCAAUGAGACUGGAGAUAUGAGCGUGAAGGAACAGGUGCUUGUGCCACUAUCUAUUGGAAGCUAUGAAGAUGAGAUUUUGUGUGAUGUCCUGCCUAUGGAUGCUGGACACAUCAUUUGGGAAGGCCUUGGCAAUCUGAUAGGCGAGUGA